AUGGCCGCUCUCGCCAGCAAGCGAAAGCGCGAAUCGUCCGAUAUGCCCAGCGCUCGUCCAGCGCCUCAUAUGGGUGGCUCAGACUUUGAGGACCAAUACCUGCAUGGCGGGGACGGCAUGGAGCAUGGAGACCUCGAUACUGGUUUUGCUGCAGCACUAGCACAACAUAACGCCGGCACGGGUGAAGAGGGCGACCCACAGCAAGAUCAAGGCCACUACCAAGGCCCGGAGCAAUCUCACCAAGGAGGCCCAGCGAGUGUCAGCGAUACCGCAGCCGCUGCCAUGGCUCAAUACCACACCAUGACCGUACCGCAAUCUACUGAACAAGCAUUCAUGGCCCAGCCUACAGAGCAACCUGCGGAUCGCGGAGCAACUGCUACUUCCGAGUCAGCGAAUCCAAACGCCCAGCCCAGGAAUUCGAGCUUCAGCGACUUUGACAUCAGCCAGAACAACGAGGCGAACCAGAAUGGAGGCAGUGGAUCCCCAACCGGCGCAAGUGCAUCAGCUUUAGGCGGAGCGAAGCCGCAAGUUGGCACCGAGGAAUGGCAUAAGGUUCGGAGGGACAACCACAAGGAGGGUAAGUCUCACGCUUUUCGAACUACUUUCCGCGUCUGCACUUUCACUGACGUUACGUACAGUUGAACGCCGUCGUCGUGAAACCAUCAAUGAGGGCAUCAACGAGCUCGCCAAGAUUGUGCCUGGUUGCGAGAAGAACAAAGGCAGCAUCCUUGCCCGAGCCGUCCAGUUCAUCACGCAACUCAAGGAGAACGAGACCCAGAAUAUCGAAAAGUGGACUCUGGAGAAGCUACUGACUGAACAGGCCAUUGCCGAGCUCAGCUCCAGCUGCGACAAGCUCAAAGCAGAGUGUCAACGAGCUUGGGCGGAGUGCGAACAGUGGAAGAAGGCUGCUCAGCGUGCCGGCAUCUCCAUUGACACGGAUGAGAAGGCCGAUGCCGAUGGCGAGGAUGGCGAGUAG